CUUCUAGAGGCUAAUGACGAGGUGGCGUUGGAGCUGCUGCCCGUGAUGCUGUUUCUGGGACUGCUCAGCAUCCUCGGAGUUGUGGGCAAUGGCUUCGUAUGCUUCAUCUUCACGCGCAAGUUCUCCAAAAACUCCCAGAACCUUUUGAUCGUUCUCUUGGCGGUCUUUGAUCUCCACACUUGCGUUCUGACGAUACCCUACGAAAUAAUCGAUCUCAGAUUCUACGUCUACUACAUAUUCGAUACCGACGUCAUCUGCAAGGUAUUCAAGUUCGUCAACACGUUUUGCAACGCGGGGUCGAUACUCGUUCUGCUGGUCAUCGCCGUGGACAGAUAUCGAAAGGUCUGCAAGCCUUUAAACAGCCAGCUCCAGCUACAGAGUAUUCGAAUCACUUUCAUCUUAAUUUUUGUCAUUUCGGCCUGUUACUCAAUUCCGAUAUUUUUCCUGUAUGGUUACAGGACAAUCCAAUCAAAUAUUAUUCACGGGGCCAAAAGUCGAGACUGCUCCACACCGGAUGGAAUCGAUACCCUCUAUCCGACUGUGUUUAAUGGAGUACUCUUUUUAACAUUCGUUAUCAUAUCCAUCGCUCUCAUUAUCAUGUACAGCAAGAUUCUCGCAGAGGUCAAACGAAGAAACAAGCAUAAAAAGAGAAAUCGGCCAUACAGAAUCAGCUAUGGUGACACGAACAAUAUUUCACAGGGCUCAGACGACGAUCAAACCAUAAAGGAGGUGACGCAUGCAAUCUCUAUUUUAAAUGGGACAUCCACCCAAAAUUGUGCGGACGUGAAGAUGUUGGGGGCCGCGAAUUUAGGAAAUACUGAAAAUGAAACACCGAUAAUUGAUGAAAAUCAACAUUUUCUAUCACGUGGAGCUUUAGCGGAGUUAGACAGUAAUAACAACAAGAGUGCGUCAAAAUACAUUCCUGGGAUGGCUUCGUGUGCCUCUAGCAUUCAGUAUCUGAGUCCGGGCUCUCUAGAGAGCAGAGUUUCUGUUCAACGGUCCGUUAGCGACGUCACCCCGGAAGUGCAGACCCAAAUGGCGUGGGUCUCACAGGGCGCGUGCGCAGGGAAAAUGACUUCCCAGGCGGGUCUCAUGCGCGGUCGCAGCGACCCGCGUCCAAAAAGUGAGACGAUGAUGGUAAGGCAGCUCCCGGGUUCAGGUCUCCCGAAUACAACCGUAAGAGAUUACCUUGCCGGACAGACGCUGGUGCAGGCGGGCGAAAGAUCCGCGUCGUCGAGAAAGCGCCGUCGUGCCAGACAGCAGACGACGCUGGUGGCAUUUUCUGUGACCUCCGUCUUCGUCCUGAGCUUCCUGCCUCACCUGACCCUCAUGAUCGCCAAGCUGGUCAUCUUCCCUGGGUUCGACCUCGACCUCAGGGGUGCGGCCUUCGUUGCGUACAACGUGUUUGUGAGGAGCUACUUCGUCAACAGCAUGUGCAACCCGUUCAUCUACGGCAUCCUCAAUGCUCAGUUCAGACUGGAGGUCCAGAGAAUUCUAAGGAGCGUUUGCUGCAGGGCGUGA